CCUAUUUUGUGGGAAACUAGAGUAGCUUUUCCGGAAAGCUCGAAGGACUUCCUGCAAUAUGGGAUAUAAGGUUUUGGGUUUUGCAUUUCAUUAGAAUCAGAUUCCAAUUAAUGUCUGUCACGCAGACCACCUUCAUUUUUGUUCCUUUUCUGCCCAGAAAAGCAUGAAGGAUCAAAGUGUCCAUUUUUUCUCUCUGUCUAAUGUGUGUUAGUGGAGGAAUGAAUGGAGUGUGAGUGAAGAGACAAAUUUACAGCUUUCGCCGUUUUUGUGGGCUUUGAGAGUAUCAUAGUGAUGGAGGGAAGAAUCUGCGAGGAAUUAACACCCAGGUAUUAUGCCCUUUGCGCCUUUGGAGGAAUGCUCAGUGCUGGCACCACCCAUCUUGCUAUUACUCCUCUUGACGUCUUGAAAGUCAACAUGCAGGUGCACCCAAUUAAGUAUUACAGCAUUUCCUCGUGUUUUACUACCUUAAUGAGGGAACAAGGGCCUUCUGCCCUCUGGAGAGGUUGGACCGGCAAGUUCUUUGGCUAUGGUGCUCAAGGAGGAUGUAGAUUUGGUCUCUAUGAAUAUUUUAAGGAAUUUUAUUCCAACUUAUUGGUAAACCAGAACAGGAGUCUUGUUUUCUUUCUUAGUAGUGCGUCUGCUGAAGUUUUUGCCAAUUUAGCACUAUGCCCUUUUGAAGCUGUUAAAGUGAGGGUUCAAGCACAACCCUGUUUUGCUAAGGGCUUGAUUGAUGGCUUUCCCAAGUUAUAUGCAGCAGAAGGCACACGAGGAUUCUACCGUGGACUUAUUCCACUUUUGGGUCGAAACAUUCCAUUUUCAAUGGUCAUGUUCUCAACAUUCGAGCAUUCUGUUGAUUUUUUGUAUCGUAAUGUUGUCAAAAGAAAAAAGGAGGAUUGUUCAAAAGUUCAACAGCUUGGUGUGACAUGUUUAGCUGGAUAUGCAGCUGGAUCUGUUGGUAGCCUCAUUUCUAAUCCAGCUGACAAUAUUGUAGCUUCUCUUUAUAACAGAAAGGCUGAUAGUCUUGUGCUGGCUAUCAGAAAAAUUGGGCUAGCUAAUCUAUUUACCCGGAGCCUUCCUAUUAGAAUGUUGGUGGUUGGUCCUUCUAUAACUUUACAAUGGUUUUUCUAUGACACCAUCAAAAUUUUAGGUGGACUGCCAACUAGUGGUGAAGUGGCAACUGACUUGACAGGAGAUGUGGCAGGCUAGAUUCAAAGAAAUGGAAUUCUGCAGUCGCAUUUUCCUGAUGUGAUUGUGUAUGAUUGCAAGUCAUUUUAAAGUAUAUAUAGGAAUAGUGUGUGGUAGCUUUUGUUUUCUGCCACCAUUUAGGCUUGUUGAAUUUUCCACUAUAGGUUUUAAUUGAAGCUUUUGGAAUUUGAUUACGGAAAAAGAAUGAGGACUUGUUGAACCCAUUUAUGUUCUGAUGUGUACUACCAUACCAAAAUAAUUAAAUAAAAAACUGAGAUUU